AUGAAAAAAAAUUCCGUGUUUGCAAAUAAGAAGGGUCCUUUAACAAAUGCUUUGGGUACGCCAAUCAAUAGAUCAUCGACAACAUCAUCUCUUUUCGAUAGUAGUCUUCAACAACAGAAUCGAAAUUGGCAAGCAACGCCGACGAACACACGUCGACUACCUCCUGGUCUUCAUCAUCAACAGUUGUUACAUCCAUCAAAUUCAACAACAAGCAUUCGAGCACAUCCGACGGUUCCGACAGCGCCUAUUGCUUCGAAUACACCAAACACAAGCGUUGUGGCUCGUACCAAACCAUGUACACUCCAAGGUCUUGUCGAAAACUUGAAUGAAUUGCUUGCUGAAUUAACCAUUCCGCAUUCUAUACGCUAUGAAACAAAGUACGGCUUCGAAGACAUUCUCACUGUUCUUGACCAUCUGGCAAAUCCCAUUCGAUAUGAAAAUCAACGCUUUCAACCGUUUCCUCUCGCACCUCAACCUACGAAGCCAGGUGGAAAAGUUUCAUUAACAGAUCGUUGGGCAUAUUUAAAACACGUACUUCUUACAUAUCGUCUUUCCACUUCGGAACAACUAUCACGGAUUAAACCCGACCGUUCCAUGUCCAACGAACAUAUUAUGAUUAUGUUUGAAUUACUAAUUCAAUUAACAACGUGUGUAAUCAAAAGCGAACGAGAACAACAACGUAUUUCCAAGAAUAAUUACUUAAAAGAAUUCAAAUUAUUAAUGCGGCAGAUGUUCUGGGUUGGUCGGCACGAUCCAGUUGUGAUGGAAGAGUCCAUGUACGAAUUAAGACACCAUAUUUACGCCAAAGAUAGUCUUGAAGUCGUUGAUAAAUUGAAACAUGAAAAACAAAUGCAGGAAAUGAAUAUCGAACGCGAUCAACUCAAACAACAAUUUGAAGUACUAAAAAUCACCUUUCAUGAACUUGAUCAAGAAUGUACAACUUUGACUAAAACCAACGAUAGUGAUUUGGUUGAAUUGGCAAGAAAACAAGAAGAAAUAUCUGAAGAACAAGCUAAAUUAGUCGAAUUAACACAAAUCGUCGAACAAAAAGAAAUGGAUAAAAAACAUUUGACUGAUCGUAAUCAAUCUUUAUCCGAUCGUUUAUUCACUCAGCAAACUGAUGCGGAAUUACAGCGUCAUAUCCGUUCCAAUAGUGAACUCAAGCAGCAACACGAAGUUCUACUUUCUACACUUCUUCUUGAACAGCAAUUACAUUCCACAGCAUCGAAUGAACAUAAACGUCUCGUCAAAGAAUUACAAGACGCACUUGCUAAAUAUCAGAUUUUAUUGAGCGCUUAUAAACACAAAGCACCUCGUCCACCUCCAUCAGCUGUCGAUUUUGAUUUAAGCGAUGUUAUAGGUGACACAACAGCGACUAUUGAUAAUGACUCUGUCAAACAGGCACAAAUAGCGAUUGAAAGUUUGACGAAAGAAAUCAGUACACAGGAGAUCGCAUUGACACAACGUCAUCGAGAUUUGGAGCAAGAAUCUAAAACAAAAAUCGAAGAACUUCAAUCUGCUGAACGUGAAUGGAAAGCAGCAGCUAAGAAUGGACAACGUCGAGCCGCUCAACAGAACGAAUUGAGUCGUUGUCAACAAGAGAUUCGUUUGAUCCGAACGAAAAUUCUCGACAUUGAACGACGAAUCGAAGAGAAGAAAGCAUCAACAAUUGAAUUGAAGAAAGACUGUGAACGAAUCAAAUCGGGAAUUGUGGAGUUAACGUCACGAUUCGAAAUCUUAGAGACCAAUUAUCUCAAUAAAGACGAAGAACUGCGUCAAGAAUUAACAUGGUUUAUCUUUGAUCAAAGUCAACUGGCAAAAACAUUUCGACGUGAUGUCGACGAACUGAAACGUAUGCAACAAGAACAUAUGUCCAAAUUAGAAAUUCAUUCAGUAAAAUCGUCAUUUGAUGAACUUUUGCAACAACAAAUUAAUAAAUUUUAUCAUUAUAAACACUGUGAAGAUGAUGAAGAAGAAGACGAAGGUUGCGACGAACAAGACAAAUUAGUAAAGAAAUUUGAGAAAUCUCAUGAACAACAUGUUCUAUGGUUGAAAAAGAAGAAGAAAAACGUCAAACUCACAGGCCCUGUCAUGGAGCGGUUUCAGGAAAUCUACGAUCAUCUACGAAGGCUUCAAUAA